GGAAGCGUGGUAGCCUCGAGGAGUGCACGCUGUCUUCUUCGCUUUUCUUUUGUUUUCUUUCCGUUUUUAUAACUCUACUGCUCAAGAAUUGCCAAUAGGAAGGUGAUACUUCAACCAAUCCAUUCCGAAUCAUCAACGCUGCGAGUGCUAGCGCAACUCUGCUGAAUUUAUACGUGGCAGUCCCCCAUUGAAAUCGGACAGAUCAUGGAAACCGCAGGCGAUAGUGACCUAACCGGGGAAAAACAUAACGAAGCACGGUCAUCUGUUCAAGACAAGUCAUCAGCUGAAAAUAGUCCAUCUGCUAGUCCAAAUAAACCUGAACAAAAGCCUGAGCAGAAGAAGACUAUAUUUUCAAAAGGAAAGAAAAGAAAGAAGACUGAUAAGGACUUAAAUGCACCUAAAGCCCCUCUGACAGGUUAUGUCAGGUUUCUGAAUGAGCAUCGAGAGAAAGUCAGGGCUGAGAAUCAGAAUCUUCCUUUUCAUGAAGUCACGAAGAUUCUUGGAAAUAUGUGGAGCCAGCUACCUUCUCAGCAAAAACAGGCCUAUUUAGAAGAGGCCGAGAAAGAUAAAGAACGUUACAUGAAGGAACUAGAAGUAUGUCAACAGACUGAUGCAUACAAGAACUUUGUGGCCAGGCAAAAGGCAAUGAAAAAAGGUACAGCUGCAUUUCACUUGACACACUUGUACAUGUACACACAAACAGUUGUUCAAAACCACCUUUGUGAACGAGAUGUCAAUGGUGCAGAGGGAAAUGAUGACUUGUUCUGCAGUGCUUGUAACUUAUACUUCAAUUCACCACACAACAAGCGUGAAAACAUGUCUGGCAAGAAGCACUUGGCUGUAGUCUCUUCACAGAUGGACAAAUCUGAGAAGCAUGAAGAAAAGACAAAUGGCAGAGAUUCAUCUGACACAAAAAAAGUGGAAGAAACUUCUGAUUCACAGCCACUACAAAUUCCUUUAGAUGGAGAUAUUCCAAUAUUUACAGAUGAGUUUUUGAACUACAAUAAAGCUCGGGAAAAUGAACUGAGGAAACUGAGGAAAGUGAACACAGAGUUUGAAGAACAGAAUGCCAUUCUUAGUAAACACAUAGAGAAUAUGAAGAAAGGCAUAGACAAACUGGAAGGAGAGAGGAAAGAGCAACAAAAUGAAAUCAGUGCACUGCAGAGACACCUUGCCAGGUUGCGACAAAUAAUUUCCCGUAGUUUUGUUGAUAUUCAAAUUCCAGGAGUGACAGAUCCCUUAACGUCAGAGACAGUGGACUCAUUUGUAGCAAAACUGCAACAAUAUAUUCAAGAAAAUAGUAAAGAAAACUUGGAGUUAACAUCCAGAAUAAAAGACAUUAUAGCCUCUCUGGACUACCCCAAUUGCCUAACAGCUGAUGCACCUCACAUCACUGAUGCUUUGAUCUGCAGUUAAUUCUUGUUCCACUUUUUUUUCUUUUUUUUUUUUUCUUACGGUAGUGACUUUGUUAUUCUAGUUAGCUGUGUUAGUACUGUAGCUGCGGAUUCACUCUUCCGUAUAGAACAUUUAACAUGUGUUAAAGACGUGUACAAGCAGCGAGACCGAGAGCAGUAAUUGGCAAGUGCAAUUUGUAGUCGGGAUCUAAAACCUUUCAAUUCCCUUGAGUGACCAACACGGAAUUUCUCCUACAUUAUCACUACGACGUCAAGCAGAAAAAUGAAGAGGUUAAAGAAAAAUCCAUAAUGGAAAUGCUUGUUGAUCAAUUACCAGAUUCUUGAAACUAAUAUCAUAACAGUUGCACUAGAGUCAGUAAGAAGAAUUAACCGAUUAGAUCUUGGGAGUGAAAUGGCUAGCUGUUUAGUUCUUCAAAAAUGCCCUAGAAAGGCGAUUCUGAGACUAAGCACCACAUACGCGUACUUUGCACAUGUACAUGUUCAUGGAUGUCUACAAGAUUGUAAUAACGAUACACCUGGAGUUAGUGCUUAUACUGAGGAAAUCGUGGCUUUAUGUGCAAAGCAGUGCAUGUAGUGCUCAAAAUCAUGGUGAGCAUAGCAGAAAAUGAAUUGUUUAUUCAAAACUGAUGUAGAGUUUAGAUUUGCUCGCUACCUCGAUUUGGAUGUGUUUAUAUUUUACCCUGUGCGAGUCGAUAAAAGUUUUCUUGACCCAGGUAAAUGUCUUUUUUUAUGUGAUAGUUUCAACUUCAUUGGUUCAAAGUACGUUUUUCUACAUUAGUUGGAGUUACCUCAAAGGCGAGAAAAGCACAAAAAAAAAAACAGCAACAACAAAAGAUACAAACAAAACACAAAAUAGGAAAAAAAAAAAAAGAGGAAUAAGGAAAAGAAUUAAAUGGAAGGGAAAAAGAAAUGACAUGAGCCUGCACAUUCUUGUACAAUUAUCAAUACUGACUUUAUGGCAGUUUGUAAAUAUUCGGAAAACACGGAAAUACUAACGAGACCUUUCAGACAUUACAGCUAGCGAUUGUGUUUUUGUACAGCAGUUUGUAUUUAUUGAUUUUGAAUAUUUCUGUAGAAGAUAAUGCGAUGUUGUGAUGUUGGUUACUGAAUAGUUAAUGCUCCAUGACACUUGUUCAAAGCGUUCCUGUCCCCUAUAGAAUGAAAAUAAAUUUUUUGCUGCAUUUGUA